AUGUCUUCUCAUCUCUAUGCUUUAGAUAUUUCUUUCCACACACUUUCAAGCCCUGACUAUGAUGAUGGCAGUGGACAACUUGUGUUUUUCUCUGAUCCAUUUCUCACCACUUCUCCCAUUGAUGUACCUCUAGGGAGUUUCGACAAUUCUCUGAACCCCUUUUCUUUUUCUCCUCCCGAAAACAAAUUGCUCUACCAGACUAAUCACUCAAGUGGCUCAAAUAUAAAGGGUGAGUCUAGAAAUUUUGCUGCUUUUGAUGGCCCUGAAGUGAUAAGUGAGGAAUGCCAAAUGGGUGUGGAUUACACCUUCAAUCAGCACAUUAUUUCUCAAAGUGGCAGCAUGCAAAGGAGCUUCAGCUGUAACUCUUUUGAUGGGAAACCUAGUUUCCCCACUCUCAUGGACUUCCCAAAUUUUCAAUGGCAUGCUUUGAACUCUCCUGAGAACACUUUCGUCAGUGGAGAAAUGAGGAGGGUGUGCAGCACAGGAGAUUUGCAGAACAUGAAAGCCACGGAUAUGUCUCACACGGAGAGCCCCUUUUUGGAGGAAGCAAACUUCAAAGUAGGGCGUUACAGUGCCGAAGAAAGAAAAGAAAGAAUCUCAAAAUAUAGAGCCAAGAGAAGCCAGAGGAAGUUCAACAAGAUUAUUAAGUAUGCAUGCCGAAAGACACUAGCCGACAAUCGAACACGCAUACGUGGCAGAUUCGCACGUAACGACGACACCAUCGAGAUUCCAAUUCCGAAAGCCCCAUGUGCAACCACAGAAGAAUAUGAAGACGAGUUCUGGGUUGAAUUCAUUGAUGGGUUAAAUGACGAGCCUCUGGGUUAG